AAUUAAAAAUUAAAUUAUGCCGGAUACAGAUAAUUAAUAAAUUAAGGAUAACUUUUAAUAAAAAAAAAGAACAAAAUAUUUUUAAACUUCGAUCAAAUGGUAUGACGCAAGUUGAUGAAAUUUAAUAUCACACAACACGAUUUUUAGCAUUUAAACAUUUGUUUUACGUAAUUGAUGAGUAAACAAAUUUUUUUUUGACAAUUUUUCUCUGUAAUUAUUUAUAUUUUUAGUAAUCAUCAUCAUCAUCAUUUUUUUUUUUUUUUUUUUUUCCAUUGAAAUGUACCUUUUGAGUUUUGAUCAAUAUCGGAUAUAUAAUUAAAAUAAAUAACAGUCUCAUCAUUAUAUACACACUGACUUUUUAAACACUCAAGUGUUUUCGAUUUAAAAUUCAUUAUUACAUUAAUCGACCUGAUAUGCCACAUAUGUUUAAUUGCAUUUUUUAACAUUUAAUCCCAAUGCACACAUAUAACGUGUCCGAGAAAUGACAAACAUCUUUUUAUAUCUUUUUAAUUGUUGUAAAAAAAACACAUUGAAAAAAAACCGAUUUAUUUAUUUUUAAAUAAAUACGGCGUUGCUUUUAUUGUUAUUCUUUCUUUAAACCCAAACAGUGAUUGUCAAUUAAAAUUUUAAAUUAAUAAUAUCUUGAUUGUAAUAGACACAUUUUCAAAAUUUUAAAAUUAGUUUUAUUCUAAAGUAGAGUUAUAAAUAAGAUAAUUAAUUACUGUUUUUAAUAAAAAUAGUCUAUUUUAAUUGAUUUUAAUUGGUUUUAAAAAAUCACAUGAUUUGAAAUGGAAAUAUUUUCGCGCUACAUCUACGUCACGCGUAUGACGUCACAAGUUGGCUGCAAAACUAAUGUAACAUGCAAAAUGUCAGAUUCAGAGGUAAAAAUUAGACAAAGCAUUUCGAAACGUUGGUGUUUUGUGCCUGGAUGCACAAAUACAAAUUUAAAAACACCAAAUAAAUUAUUUAUUUGUGUUCCGAAAGGAAACGAAAGAAAAAAAUGGAUGAAAGUAGUGAGGCGAGAUCCAAACGAAUGUUCUUUAACAUCAGUAAUGUUUUGUUGUGAAGACCAUUUCACAUUGCAGGAUGAUUUAGAAAAUUACAUGAGAGUAAAAUUGGAUCCAACCUCGAGAAUUUUACUUAAAAAAGGAGUAGUGCCGCAUAUUUUUGAUUGUCAAGAGGAUCGUCAACGAGCAUUUUCUAAACCUAAAAGACGAGCAAUUUGCAAGCUUACUAAUGUAAGAAAUUUAAAUGAAAUGGAACAGGAGAUGGCUAGAGAAAAUUUUGAAGUCGAAUCUGUGGUCAAUGAUAAGAACUUGCUUUCUCUGGAAAAUGAGGAAACUGAACAAAAUGUAGUUAAUGAAAAAAAUGAGUUUCUUGCACAAUUUAAUGUAAAUAAUAUCACUGAAAAAAAAGAUUGCGGUGUUCAGACAUUGCAAAUUCAAAAACCAUAUUAUCGCAGUAAAGGCACUUCCUGUUGUCCAAAAACAAAAAAUGUGGCAUGUUCACCUAUUAAACAGUUAAAUAAGCAGACUUUAAAUAAUAAUAAUAUAAGUUUAGAUUCACGGAAUUGUGAACAAACCUCUGAGCCUGAUUUACAAAUAAAUUCAACUAUAAGUAGCACUAGUUCUAUUUUAUGUUCGUCUUGUGCAUCAACAAGAAAUUCGGAUAUAACGUACAUUCCUGAUAACGAAGAACUAAGUAGAGAAGAAUCUGCGUUCUUAGACUGUGAAAAAAAGGAAUUAUAUCAAAAAGUAAAAAUGAUGCAAAUUAUGGAUCAUCCGAAACUUUUCAUGUGCAUACCAACAGAAGCUAUUUAUAUAUUGAAAUUGUUAAGCGAUGAGACUAAAAUUAAUAUUAAAAAUAUUUGCAUCGUAUUAACAAAAAUGAAGACCAAUGAUUCUUUUGAGAGGAUAGGAAUUGAAUUCGGACUAAGUACUUCUGAAGCAAAUAAAAUUUUCCGACAAAGUGUACCUCUAUUAGCAAAUUGUUGUAAACAAUUAAUUAUAUGGCCAGACAAAGAAAAAAUAAAAGCUCUUUUGCCAAUAGCUUUUCGAUCUAGAUAUAGCAAUGUUCAAAGCCUCCUUGAUUGUUUUGAAAUUUCGACUCAGAAACCCAGUAAUCCAGUUCAUCAAGCUCUUACGUAUUCCGAAUACAAAAAAGGCAAUACAGCAAAAUAUCUUAUUUCAUCAACUCCGGAUGGCCUUAUAAAUUUUAUAUCAGAAGGUUUUGGAGGAAGAACAUCGGACGUAUUGAUAGUAGAAAAAUCGAAUUUUUUAAAUGCCUUGCCACCAAACUCGGCAGUUAUGGCUGACAGAGGUUUUAAAUUUAUUGAUAAAUUUCUACAAACAAAAAACUGUACUUUGGUACGUCCACCUAGUGUUAGUGCUAACAAAAAAUCAUCUAAAGAACAAGUAAUUGAAACUAGAAGAAUUGCAAGUUUGAGAAUUCACAUAGAGCGUGUUAUUUGCAGAAUAAGAUAUUUCGAAAUAUUCAAGCCUCAUGCUUGCAUUCCUAUUGAAACUUUGGAUAUCAUUGACCAAAUGCUUGUAAUUGCAGUUAGCAUAAUAAAUCUUCAUGCAGUCGUUAUAAGGCAAUAAAUCGC